ACCGGGGGUGUGGCUUUCGAACGACGCUAUUGGCGAUCUCUCCUCACUACACUAUCGUCCUAUGUGCCCGCCUCGCUCGAUCUAAUAUCUCACUUCUGUUCAUCUACUAUAAAAUGAAAUAGCACUUUGAAUCGCACUCUCGUCGAGUUCGGUCACAGCACUCAUUGGCUCAUAUUCUUCUUCGAACGUCGUAUUAUGGUAAUAUAAAUUGACCAACCGCGGAGCAAAUUCGGUUAGUUCGUUAAAGUUGAUUAAAGCCAUUUAACCGGGACGGACACGACGAAACGAACGGCGCGAGCGUCGAUCCCGCGAACUGAGCUAAAUGAGCUUCAAUUGCUUAAUAUCGGAAUCGAUAAUUCUGACUUGAAUCGGGCUAGCGGAGCCCGAGAUCCGAGGUAGCGGCAGGCAGGUGGCCGCGACGGAGCCGAGCGAGGUUGGCGCGGAGGUAGCGGGUGCGCACCCGCCCGCCACCGACGGCUAUAUGUACGUGAUCGGAGACAGCGCCGGCAGUGCCGGCCCGCGCUACGAGUGCACCUUCGAGGGUGGAGGAGGUAUGGAGCAGCCUACCUUCGAGGAGCAUAUGUUCAGCGAGUUUGGCAAGGAACGCCAGGUGCAGGUUGUAGUCGGAGCGAGUGGCGAACUUCAGUAUCGCGAUGACCUACCAGUGUUUGCUGGAGGUGAACAGAAACGCAAAGAGGAACCAUUACUCCUGCAGGCAGUAGAGGCAGCGCCGACUUCUCACGCACAGCAUGCGCCGCCACCCCCGCCUCCACCGACUACGUCGAAGAAAAGUGACAAAAAGAAAAGCGAUAACAAUGGAAUAAAGAAAAAGAAAACAAGAACAACGUUUACUGCCUAUCAAUUGGAAGAACUUGAACGCGCCUUUGAACGUGCUCCCUAUCCGGACGUUUUCGCUAGAGAAGAAUUAGCUCUCAAAUUAAAUCUAUCUGAAUCACGAGUCCAGGUGUGGUUUCAAAACAGAAGAGCGAAAUGGCGUAAACGUGAGCCUCCGCGGAAGACAGGCUACAUCGGUUCCAGUUCACCCAGUUCAACGACUUUAGGCGGCGGUUUCUCUAGUAUUGGAGGAAACUUACCUGCUUUUCCACAAAAUGGCUUACCUGCACCAGCUGAUUCGUGGUCCUAUCAGCAUUCGUACGAACUAUCUUCACACCAUUUGCUGUCAUCAGGAAGCAGCAGUUAUCCUGGUUUUAACACCCAGCCCGCGUAUUCCUAUACUACAGUGUUGAAUGGGCACGACGGACAAAUGUUUGCUCCUCGACACUCUUACGAAUAUGGUGAGGGUAGUCCGCCUCCGCUUGGCGUCAGAGAUUAUCCCAUGAUAGCUGCUCAUUCACCUCAGAUGGAAGCACACGGGCAUGAUGACAAGUUGGAUUAUCGUACUCACGAACACGAGGAUAAAUAUUCAUCGUGUGCCUUACAAGAUGAGCCCCCGCGCUAUGCUGCUCCGUCCGAAGAUUACGAUAAAUGCAGUAUGGUCCCGCAUGAUAAACACUACGAGAUGGACCGCCACUCAGAACUCUCACAGCCAGUGGUAGUUAAAAUGGAACCGAGUCCGAGUCAGGCGUACACGUCGCUUCCCCCUUUUUUGAAUUGAAAUACUCUUUUUCGAAAUUAUCCUAGCGCGUAGAUCAAUUUCGAAAAGGAGUAUUUGAAAAUGUCUAUUUUACUACUACUAAAUAUAUGAACAUAUGGCUGAUUUAAGA